AACUGACCAGUUAAUUGAGCUUAGUGCUCAUCAAUCGUCGCAAUAGGAAAGAUGCUGAACUUUACAUUCUACUUCCUAUUCGCGGCAACUUUAUUCAAUAUCUGUGCCGGUUCGGGAGAAGUUUCAGCAACUCAAUGUAGAGACAACAGACGAGAUCUCCUCUCGCAUGUUUUGGACCACAUAGAAUUAUACGAACAAGGCUGCAACACACAAUCCGGUCUUGGGAAAAAAUUGACAACGCUGCAGGAAACCCUUUUGGAAAAACUAAACAAAUUCGAAAGUCAAAUAGAGAAAUUGAACAUGAAUCAGGCAGUUCUUCUAGCCAAGAUCAAUGAUUUCGAAUCACGUUUUCAGGCAGUUCAGGCUCAGUUUAGUUCACUGCAGGAAAUGCUUCGACGAAUACGCAGGCCCGAAUUCAAAAAAAUCGGCUCCAAAUCCUACUUCAUAGAAAAUAACCUUACUGUGAAUUGGUUUGAAGCUUCUUGCAUUUGUUGCCGGAAGGGCGGUCACUUGGCAGACAUCGAAAGCGAAGAGGAACUAUCGGCAAUCACCAAAAUCAUAGAAGAUAAAACAUAUUGGAUCGGCUAUAACGAUUUGGAGACGGAUGACAUAUUUGUCUCUUCGGCUACAGGAAAAAAAGCAGCAUUUUUAAAGUGGGCAUCGGGCGAACCAAACAACAGUCAGGGGAAUCAAGAUUGCGUCACCCUGUUAAACCGCAAACACAUGGAUGAUGAUUGCUGCCGGACCAGUAGCCGAAAUUUCAUUUGCCAACUUUAAAAAAAUCUAAGCCUGAUAAUAAAGAAAAAAUGUUUUUAUUAUAUUAAUUUUACACUCAGAGAUAAACAAAGAAUUCCGUACAUAAACCAAGUGCGAGCGCAGUUGGAAGUCAACCAAGAACAACUUUACCUAAUCUAAAAAAAAAUUCGAUUAUAAAAUUUUCAAUUAUGUAUUUAUGUAAUGUAUGCACUAACCUUACAUAUGUAUUACUUUUAAAAAAUACUUUUUAUGAUUUUCUUACAAUUAUUUGUGUUUUUUUUAUUAAUUAUUCUUAAUAUUUUCUAAUUCUUAUAUUUUCUAAUCUAAUUUCAAUUCCGAAAUCCGGUGUUAAUUCAAGAACGUCUCAGUCUUGUUUUAAAAAAUUUGGUUUUCAAAUUUAGUUCCCAUUUUUCUAUCAAUGAAGUCAAAGCAACAUUUAAAAAUAAAUUAUUAA